AUGGCGGGUGAAGCAACCGAAUCUGAAGUUGCUCCGAUCGUGCCAACCACUGAAACCAAACAGAAUAAGCCUGCUUCAACCACUGCCACCAACAGCAUGCCUAAUCCUCAACAUGUUUCUCCGGAAAAAGUGUCACAGCUGCUACUUUCGGAAGGACCCUUGGCAAUUCGUUUCAUUACGAAAGCUUUGUGCAAACAAAUGGCCGGUUUCGAAGACUUGUCCGCGUCGAAGCAAAGAAGGCUCAUAAUGGGCGCGCUCGAGACCGGAGACAGAAACAAUUGCGUAGUAUUUGCGAAAAUAGGAUGGGGUCAAUGGUCCGCUAAAAAAGUCGACUCUCCAGAGAAUUUUGAGAGCGAACGGGAAGUCAUUAAUAUCGCUAACAGUAAGGUUAAAGAUAUGGUCUCACAGGAGAGACGCAAAAGCAGUAGCGUACAACAUCCACAAGCCAGGAAAGCUUCCUUGUCUUUGAAGCGUGAGUUGGACAUCCCAAAUGGCAACCGGCCGACUUAUUUGGACGAAAACGCUUUGGCGUCAGAGGACGAGGACGAGGACAAUGGGGCUGCGGCAAAUGGAAAAGCCGGCGAAUUUUACGAAGGCGAUGACUUUAACGACCAAGGGCACCAAACUACUUUGCCUUACGAUUUCUUCAAGAGACGCAAAUCGAGCGUUGUCUACGCCGAGAACUCACCUCCUGACGAUUCGGAGUUAGAUAAUGCAUCCAAAACAGUGCGUCCAAUCUUGAAAAACUAUCGCCGCUCCUCGUGGUCAAAGAAGCGAUCUCCCUCUGUUGGGAAACGCGGAUCGUUUCGAGGCUCCAACGUCAGCUUGGAAGCCACAACCAACAGGCGUUUAUCUUCGCCCGCGCAUGCAGGUGACGAACAAACAAACAAAGAGUCUGACGGUAUUGACAAACACACGCGUGGUCGAGAACCCCGGCUUUCUUUCUCCAAGGAGUCCAGCCUUCGCUCAACACUUUUGUCGCAUGCUAGCUACCGUUCAAGUCCUAUACAACGUCCCAUCGAUUUGCCUUUACACAAAGAUUUGGCCUACAAACUGAAUAGCCUCUCGCCUGACGCUAAUAAUGUAGCAAGCUCUAAUGGCGAAGAUGACGUCGCCGUCGUCGACGAAGAUGGAGACGGAGAUCACUCCGACACCGAUGAAGAGGACUGGAAACAAAUUGGAGCAGAGUCUCUCAGGAAUAGCCGGGCCACCUCACAAGUACGAUCGCCACAUUCCCCUGCUAUAAACAACAGUCUAUUGGAUCACCAUCCUUCACAUUUGUCCUUGAGUCCAUCUGCGUUGCACGAAGCGUCCCAAAGUGUACCGAAAUCAGAGGCUAAAAAGAGUCCAAAACAAGAACCGCAGGCACAAGGCGAAACCCAAGAUGCCGCGUUCCUACUAAUGAGUUUAAAGUCAUGA